CACUGCCCCCUUUGCAGCAGAAGCCCUGCGUUCUCUGCCCAGUCUUCUUCUGGCCCCCAGUUCCUUGGGCCCCUGCUUUGCCCUAGCCAGAGAUGGAGCAGUGGUGCUGUUCCAGAAUGCUCUAGAACCCCGAACCCUGGCUGUUCCGGAACAGUCUAGAACCUCCGGGCAAAGGGUUGGAUCCAGGAUCGAAGCAUUCCAGGCCUUCCCAGCCUACAUGGGGCCAGCCUCCCUGUGCCACCCGCUAGCGGGCCUCAUGUGGACGCUGGCACUAGGUGGGGUCUUCCUGGCAACCGCCCAGGCCUGUGUCCUCUGUCACCUCUCAGACCGUGACCUGUCGGGCCGUCUGGCUCGACUCUGCAACCAGGUGGAGGCUCGGUGGGAGACCUGUGAGGCCUCCUGGACCUUCCCGGCCUUUGCCUUAGAUGAGGUGUCCACGAACAAAGUCAUAGAGAAGACUCACAGAGUCCUGAGGGUCAUGGAGAUCAAAGGGUCUCCCUCCUCACUCCCUUUAUAUUGGCAAUGGCUGCAAAAGGUCAAGUUUCCCGAAUACACCAGGGAAGGUACUGACGCGGGCAGGGACCAGGUACACCCGGGCUGUCCGGUGAAGGGGUGUGUGGCUGAGUGUCUCCUCUCCCCCCACCCCUCCUUGUCUCUGGUUUCAGCUUUCUGUGCUCCCGCCUGCCGGGGCAGCACCGUCCUGUACAACUGUUCCACCUGCCAGAGCUUUGCCGUGCACUGCUGGCCUCUAAAGCGCUGCCUCCCAGGUUCCGCUCCCCGCCCUCGCCUCACCCCUGCUCAGAUCUCUGAGCUCGGGCUCCCCCCGCCCCGCCCUGCCACAAGGACAAGCGAGGUCCCCAGGAUCACUCACUGCUUCCUGGGUUCCCUGCAGGAAGUCAUGAUCUUCGGGAAGCCAGGAUUCUGCUCCUCUCUGUGUUCAUAACUGUCCUGCUCCUGGGCGUUCUGAGCCUCGUGGUGGAGUCCAGACAUUUCAAAGCAAAAAGUGACAUGUGAAGACAGCCUCCCAGCCCCCACGUCCUUUGGAAGGGACCCGCCAGCCCCUCACUUCCAAUCCCAAAGGCUCAGCCUUCCAGACCCUAAACCCAGCCGCCUCCGUGAUCCCAGUGCAGAUGUCCUCCAGGGGCCCAGGCACCCACAGCUGGAAAGUUCCUCCCCUCCGGCCCUCAACUAAUCAGCCAGAAGCAGUCACUGAUUCCAGGAAAAUGGCUAUAGGAGGAAAGAACCCCUUACACACACACACACACACACACACACCGCCUCCCCCACACCCCCUUCUGCCUGUUCUCGGAAAGCGGGGGCUGUUUGCCCCAGAAGCUGCUCUUGGCCCUCCUCUGACUGAUUGGGAAUCCGGGAAGGAGGGUUCUGGAAAACUCCCUCCCUUUAGAGUGGCGACCACAUCAGUCAGCCUGCUGGCAUGCUAUCCCUCCAUUUAACAUUGUGAAGCCUUGGCCUCCCACAGAGGCCUCCCUCCUGCCAAGAUCAAGUAAACCUGCUUUUCAGUGG